AUGUCUGCCUUCGCAUCCCCAGACGAUGCUGAUACACACGACUACUCCUAUGCCUCCCCCGACCCCACGACUACCACCCCUCCUAUGCCGCAAGAAAUGACCCCCCGCGAAACAUCACACGGCGCCAGCCGUGCCAAUCCACUUCUGGGAGAUGACAAUCCCCUCGUCUCAGAGCUAGAGCAGGAAGUACUAGACGAGUACUCUCGCUUACUACGAAACGUGAACCAGCUUUCCGAGAAGAUCUCUGACCUCGCCGGUUCCCCCGCCUCAAUGACAUUAGAUGGCCUCCGACUGCUAGAACGAAAGACUGCGACCGUGUGCACGUUGCUUAAGGCUAGUGUUUACAGUAUUGUCUUGCAGCAACAAAUCUACAAUGAGAGUGAGGAACAGCAGCAGCAGCAACCGCAGAAUGACGGGGAGACACAAUUCGAGGAUCAGGAUUAUCAUGGCGGGGGCUAUGAGGGGGAUACGACAUUCCAGUGA